CGCGGUCGAUCAUUCAUCGGGUCCGGUCAGCUCAGCGUGGUCCUCCAGCGAUUGUCCUGAAUCCUGAAUGUAUUGUCCAAGCAGGUAGUUACUAGGCCAAACAACAUGUGCUCCAGCCCAUGGUUGAACCAUGGUUGAACUCACAAUAAUAAAUAAUCGUCAUCUAUUCUUACGAUAGCCAGCCGCUUUCAGUUUCACUGCUUGUUUUUCGUCGCGAUAGCGUUGACUUACGUUACGUGCAUGUGCUUUAUGCGUGCAUGCAUGAUCAGAAUAACUGACCUGGUACUGGUUGCACCGCGCUCUGUUCUGGUGACAUUUGUUUUCAUUUAGACUAAUCAUUGAACUUGAGUAACGUUCAAUUUGGAAUUCAUUUCGUUGAGCUCUACUUGCUGACCAACAUGGCCGAAGCCAGGAGUGCUGCGGAUGAGACGGAGCCUAAAGUGGACUACUUUACCAGCACGAGGGAGAAUACCUGGGAAAGUAGAUUCGAGAAAUACAAGCGGAGCUCGGUCAGAAAUCUAUACCGAACUCGGAAUCUGAUCAUGAAUGGUCUGUGGCCUACUUCUCCCUGGAACCUGUGCAUCGCCAUUAUAUCCAUCUCCUUUAUCAUGAUGAUCAACAUCUCGUUCCUUCAGCCCAUCCAUGAUGCCCUGUGGAGGGUGGCCAGCUCUCUCAACAUAUGUGAAGGUCUGCCAGAGUUCACUCAGGUGGCCAUUGUCUCAACAACAGUGGGCGUGGUCUACUUCAUCUUACUGAUCCACUUUAGACGUCUCCUCAUGAGAGUGCUACUCAAGUACAGAAGAUGGAUGUAUGAGCCCCCUCGUCAGCUGAGUAAUACCACCAAAGUGUGGGGACUCAUCCUCCGAAUGAUCUGUAGCCGUCACCCAACGACCUACAGCCAGCAGAUGUGCCUUCCGCGACAGCCCGUGCCUGCCCUAGAAACAACCAUUGCCAAGUUCCUGGAAUCUGUCGAACAUUUGAUAGAUGAGGAAGAGUUCGAGAAGCUUAAAUGUCAAGCCAAGGCAUUUGAAGCUGGUGAUGGCCCCAAGAUGCAGAAACUACUCCAGUUGAAAUCCUGGUGGGCCUCAAACUACGUCACUGAUUGGUGGGAGAAGUAUGUGUACCUGUCCAGUCGAGAGGCCAUCCCGAUGUACUCCAACUACUACUGCCUGGAUUUCUGUAACUUCCAACCUACUCUUAAUCAAGCAGCAAGAUCUGCAAUGGUUAUCCAUCGUGAGAUGCUUUUCAAGAUGGAGUUGGAAAGAGAGAAGCUACAGCCUAUCUGGGUUAGGAACACCAUCCCUAUGUGUAUGAGCCAGUAUGAAAGAUGCCUAUCAACUACCAGGAUACCUGGGGAGGAAUGCGAUGAAAUUGUUCAUUAUGAUCUAUCCAAGCAUGUUGUGGUCUUCAGGAAGGGUUUGUAUUACAAGGUAGACACCCAUAACAGCCAAGGCAAGCUAAUCUCAGCCUUCGCUAUUCAGAAACAAAUAGAAUGGAUCAUUGAAGAUGCAGAUAAGAGAGAAGAUUCUGAAGAGGCAAAGGCUGGCUAUUACCUUGCCUCACUGACUACGAUGAAGCGCAAUGAAUGGUUUAAGAUUCGCAGACAUUGGUUUGGAUCGGGCGUUAAUGCACAGUCAUUGGAGAUUCUGGAAUCCUCCAUAUUCUUGUUGAGCCUUGAAACCACAAGUUGGCCUGACAUGAGCAGUCGAGGCAAGUACUCUAUGAGUGGCGAUGGAAGCAGUAUCUGGUUUGACAAGUGUUUUCACAUUCUGGUCUUUGCCGACGGCAAAAUCGGUGCCAACAUUGAGCAUUCUUGGGGCGACGGCCUCGUCACGGCUCACAUGUUUGAGUACUCACUCAUGGAAGAGCACUUAGAUCCUAGUCUGUACACACCUGAAGGCAGUUGUGCCCCACCCAAAGACAGAGCCAGUCGUACAGGCCAUGAGCCUCAGCCUAUGGUAUGGGAGGUGGACAAUAUACUAAGCAAGAUUAUCUUGGAAGCCAAGGACAUACAUGUUAAGAAAGUCGCCGAUAUUGACCAUGUUGUUGUGUAUACUGAUGACUGCGGGAAAGGAUUCAUGAAGACUGUCAAGUUGAGUCCAGAUGGUUUUAUCCAAGCUGCCCUUCAGCUGGCGUACUACCGAGACUCUGCUGGAAAGCAUGCUCUGACCUACGAGUCUUGCGCCCUCAGACUUUACCGAGAGGGUAGGACUGAGACGGUCCGAUCAUUCUCCAAAGAAUGCAAGGAAUAUGUCCUAGCCAUGGAAAAUGAGAAGAUGAGUAAGAAAGAGAAACAGAUGUACCUUGAACGAUCAAUCGCCAAACAUCAAGAGAUGUUCCGUGGCUGUAUGAAUGCUGAGGGAGUGGAUAGACAUCUCUUUGCUCUCUUUGUGGCAUGCAAAGGAUCUAACCUGGAAUGUGACUUUUUGAAGCAUGCCCUCACACUCCCAUGGACGCUUUCAACGAGCCAGAUUCCUCAGAAUCAGAUUCUAGGUCGGGUCAAUGUCAAUGCUCCAGGAUACAAAGACAAGGCCUGUCCAGGAGGAGGCUUUGCCCCUGUAUCGGACCAGGGCUACGGCAUCGCUUACAUGAUUCCAGAGGAUACCCGCAUCUUCUUUCACGUUUCUUCUAAACACUCCUGCCCCACCACCAACUCACAGAGAUAUGUCAAUCAUCUAUUGCAAGUCCUCGCUGACAUGAAAGCGCUGUUUGAGUAACAUUUCUUGCUCAAUCUGUCGGGGCCCUCUCUCAUAAAGCUUAAUUAGUUUACAGUGACUGUUAUGAUGAUACAGUCAAACCUGUCUAUAGCGACCGCCCAAGGGAAACACAAAAAGUGGUCUUUGUAGACAGGUUCCUUUAGUACAUGUUUCAAUAAGAAACCA